AUGUCGUGCUCAAAGUGCCAAAACCCCCUCACUCUCGAGGUUGACUACUCGGACGACGAAGAUGUGUCCAUGGGAGCUGGCUCGUCCAGCGCUGCUGCAGCUCAGAACUCUCACACUGUCCCGGACGAUGUAGCUCUUCACUGUGGCUGCCACUUUCAUUGGCAAUGCUUGAUCGAUGAAUACCAGAUCACCGAAUGUCCUUCAUGCCACCAGUCCCUACUCACACCAGGCCCCAACGGAGGCCAACAACUCCUAUGUACCUUGCACAACGAAGGCGGUGUACAAGAAAACCUCGACAUCCUGCCUAUCUUGACCGAGGAGGCUUACCUACACGCAUACCCUGAAGAUAGGAUCAGCCGCGCUUUCCUCGAGCUCUGUCGCGAAGGCGACGUUUCUGCUGUUGUAGAUUUGUUGAAGAGCUGCAACGAGCCCGACUCGGACGACGAUGACAUGGACGACGAGCCUCCGGUUCCCAAGAAAUCUAUGGACGAGGUUCUGCGCUACCAGGAUCCCAUUGGCGACAUGCAAUCUGGUCUCCACGCUGCAGUUGCAGGAAACAGUCGUGAGGUUGCUUGGCUGUUGUUGCUGCUUGCGUCCCAGUUGCCUGAGAUGGAAUUCCCUGCUUUGGUCUACCAGCAAGCCGCAUCUUUGGGUAUCAUGAGAGAAGACCAGACAGGCAAGGUCGACAUCAGAAGCCUACGGGAUGGCCAGGGAAGAAGCGCCGAACAGCUGGCCGUCGAAUUGGGCGGUGUGUGGCAUGGCUGGCCCGGUAGUGGUCGCUUGUCGGUUUGA